AGAAUAAACGCCUCUAUCCGCUCCUCCCGAGCAUCUCCAUCGCAUCAGCUGUCAAACCCGGUAUAUCUUGUAUUCAUCCACCGAUUCACCGUUACACCGUUUUAUGGAGAGCUAAAUAUACACCCAAGGUUGCGCAUAGUUCCUAAGAUGAGCUUGCAUUAGGACGUUAUGAGUGGAACCUCGUCGCACCGACAGAAGAUUCUCAAAGAAAUCGGCAGUCCAACUCGUGCGACUAAAGAAGACAUCGUCCUCUACGCCGAGCACUUGGGGAUCGAGCUUCCCAAUGAGCAAAAUCUGCUUUGGAUUGCUCAAGCCGGUCUUGAGGUAUCGCUGCCGCCCCCAUGGUACCCCGUGGAGGAUUCUCAGGGGAGGAUUUACUAUUACAAUUCGGUUACGAAGGAGACCAAGUGGGAACAUCCCCUGGAUUCUUACUACAAAGCUAUGGUCAAGAAAGAGCGGAUCAAGGCAGGACUGCAAAACUCUGCUGCUUCAGACGCAAACCUCGAAGACAGCGGAGCUUCUCUGAUGUCUUCCUUGGACGACAUCCCGCCACUGUCGACAUUUGCAAGAGCCUCGGAUUCUGAACAGACAGUGGUGCACAUCUCUCUCUUGAAGAAAGAGAAGAAGAACACAUUCCUCUCCAAGUCCUGCCCAACAAAUCUCAAUAUUUUAACAAUGAAGACAGCACCACCGCCACCUACUAAGCAGGCAGACUCCGACUCGGAAUCUCACACGGCCACACUCAAGAACGACAAGGAGGAGGAGAAGGCCCUUCCAGACCUGAAAGAUCUUCUGUCCCAGAAACAGGCGCUUGUAGCAGAACUGGAGCAGCUCAAGCGAGAGGUGCACAAGUACCGGCGACUACGAGAGCAACUCAGGGCUUCCGCCAAACAAGAACUAGUCCAGCUCGGCGCGUCUACCGUGGCCAAAGAGCGGUCGAUGUGUACGGACGUCGCUCGACGACCGCGGAAGUGCUCUCCACCUCGUCAGAAGACCGUCGCACGGGAGACACCAAAUGCCGGGGAGAAAACCAAGCAGACGACGGCGGCGCUGGUUCCGGCCGUUCAGCCGUCGCUCGGCCACUCGGACCUGUUACGGCUGAGCCAGCGGUUGGCCCACCUGCGUCAUCGACACCUCCAACUGUCCCUUCGGGCGGCACAACAGGUUGCCGAGGAUGCCCUAGCAAGUUCCGUCGUAACUCAACCAGCCUGCCAAGAUCCCACAAGCAAGGAGCUUUUCACUUCUGUCAAGUUGGCAGCGACAUCCGAAGCGAUUGCCUCGCAUCCGGGAAGGGCCCUGGUCGAAAAACCCCGCACCCGAAUGGAGUCUGCCCCCGGAACUCUUCCCCAGUGCUGGCGCCCGAGAGCGCCGACCCAGGAGGGAGACCAACCCGUUCCGUGGUCUCGAGCAGAGUGGACUGCCAAGUUGUCUCAGCUGCGCUGGAAUCUCGGAGAGUGCGAACUGCAUCAGCUGCUCAUCAAAUAGUUGCUGCCAAGAGCCUCCAGAUUCCCCCGGUGCCCUGGAACAAAGGCAAGCUGAAAAAGAAAGUCAAGCCUCUCUGCUGGCAGUUCCUGCUCCUUUUUCUGUUUUUCCGUCCCAAGAGUUCUACUUGCCCUAUACUAUUAAGAUUUGCUGCAACCCAACACUUGUACCCACCCUGUCUUGCCGCAAAGGGACAUUGCAGUUGUGAUGGCAAGGCCCCAAUCAUCGUUCGUGAGUGGUGAUGUAGGACUUGAGCUCGCCCACCGCUGGUGUUCAAUGGGUAAUCCAAACAAAAGCUAAGAAAAACUGACUAGAAGGUCUACUAUAUCGCAUAAAUUUGGCCUUUUCAGCAGCUGCAAUUAGGUGGCAAAGGGUUUUCACCUAAAUUUCGGUAAGUGAAAUAAAUAAUCUAAAGAAAAAUUUUUUUUCUACUGUUGGAUAGGCAUUGCUUUACAAGAUAAAGUCCCCAGCAACUAUUCAAGCCUUUUUUUUUUUUUUUUGUGGCAACAAAAGAAAAAGGCAUUGUUAGUAGAAACAGAGAUUUCUGUUUUUCAAACUCACUUAAGCAAUCAAGCGGAUGCUGAAAUUUCAAAAACCUGCACCGAUCACCUAGUUUCACCUUUGCAGAUUUUUACUAGGCCCUCUGCUAAGUAACCAAUUUAAUUGUGCAAUGAAUCGACGACGCAGUGAAGUGAACCUUCCUGUAUGUUACCACCAAAAAAACCUCAGCCAAAAAAAAAAAAUCUGACUGGUUGGCAGCAGUCAUGGUGGUCGCGAAAGUGUGCAUAAUAGGUGCCUCAAGUUUGGUGCAAAACAGCUGCAAGAAAGUAGCCACUAGAAUUUAACUUGCUCUGAACAAAGUACACAAGUUGACAGCAUUCGUGCAACGUCAGCCAGUUGUCUGGUUAAAACGCAACUAUGCCCUCACCCAGGGGACUAUUUAGGGAGAUGAAUGCCAAUCUUCUCCAUACCAUAAUAGCUACACUGAAACUAGAAGAAAAUGAUGCAUACUAACUUUGUUGCAAAGCACUCCAACUAUGGGUUACUCUCUUCAGAGAGCAACUCAAGGUCUACAUAACUGUCGGUUGUAUUUAACCUAAUCUGCUUCACAAAUGCUCAAGUCUCCUUUAACCUGUCUUGAACCUGCUGCUGCCGCAGUCGGCUUUGGUGCUAGUCGUUUUGUUAGAGUUUUGUCGUCGUUGGCUCACCUCAUACUAUAUAAACUGUUGAAACCACCGAAAAA